AUCUUUUAUUGGUACUAGCCAGGCCUUCUUAUGGCAAUGAACUUGGUUAAUAAUAAUAAAAUAAAAAGACAAAUUCCACCUUAAUCCUUUUUCAUACUGUAUAAUGCACACUGAACUGUUAAAACGUGUAUACGUAGAAAUAUUGUGGAAUUAUGGAUAAUGGUGAGUAUUCAAUGCCUUACCCACCUAAAAUCAAAUUUACGAACCCGUCUCCUCCUCCUCUUCCAACCCAAAACCAAACAAUCAUUUCUGCGGCUGGCUUCCUCAAAAUUGCGUCUGCUUUCUUUGUGUUGCUCCAUAUCAUCGGCGAAUGCAUUCCAAAAAGGCACUUCUUUGUCCAAGGAGCAAACCCUUAUGUCCCUUCUCAAGAAAUGCUCCGCCAUGAAAGAUUUGCUACAAAUCCAUGCUCGUAUUAUCCAAUCUGGCUUUGAACAAAACCUCUUUGUCAUAGGCAAAGUCAUCGUAUUUUGUGCUGAUUCAGAGCGUGGAGAUAUGAAUUUCGCUGUUCCAGUUUUUGAAAAUAUUGGAAACCCAGAUGGGUUUCUUUGGAAUACAAUGAUUAGGGGUUUUAGCAAGACUUCUGAGCCUCUAAAAGCCUUUGACUACUAUAAGAGAAUGCAAGGGAAAGGAUUGGUGGCGGAUAAUUUCACUUUCUCUUCCUUGCUCAAGGCUUGUGGGCAGGUGGGCUCAGUUUUGUUGGCCGAACAAAUGCAUUGCAGUACAUUAAAGCAUGGUCUCGAAUCACACCUCUUCGUUAGGAACGCUCUAAUACAUAUGUACGGCAUGUUCAAGUACAUUGAAACAUCACGCCAGCUGUUUGAAGAAAUUCCCAGUCCAGAAUUAGUAGCAUGGAACACGAUUAUUGGUUGCUAUGUCUAUUGCGGUAGGUGCAGAGAAGCACUUGAUAUGUUCUCUCGGAUGUUGAAAUUUGGUAUAGAGCCUGAUGAAGCCACAUUGGUUGAAACCCUUGCAGCAUGCUCUGCGCUGGGAGCAUUAGAUUUUGGGAAAUGGGUUCAUUCUUGUAUUAGUAAUACUGGUCUUGGGAGCAUUUUAGAGGUCAAUAAUUCGCUGAUUGAUAUGUAUGCUAAGUGUGGUGCUGUGGAAGAGGCGUAUGAGACAUUCUAUAGGAUGAAAAAGAGGAAUACAAUAACAUGGAACACAAUGAUUUUGGGGCUAGCAACUCAUGGCCAAACAAAUGAGGCAUUGGCACUAUUUUCGAAAAUGUUAGAACAGAAGCUUUUGGAACCAGAUGGUGUAACUUUCUUGGGGGUUCUUUGUGCUUGCAGCCAUGGCGGGAUGGUGGAAGAAGGAAGAAAAUUUUUUGGUAUUAUGAGCAAAGAAUAUCUUAUUCAACCAACAAUAAAGCACUAUGGGUGCAUGGUGGAUAUUCUGGGUCGUGCUGGGUUUGUGGAGGAGGCCUAUGGAUUGGUAAGGAGCAUGCCAAUGGAGUGCAAUGCCAUCGUGUGGAGGACAUUGUUGGCCGCUUGUAGGUUGCAUGGAAAUGUUGAACUCGGGAAGCAGGUGCGGAGACAUCUUUUGCAAUUAGAACCAAAUCAUAGCAGCGAUUAUGUUCUUCUUUCAAACAUGUAUGCAAGUGUGGGGCAGUGGAAUGAAGUAAUGAAAGUGAGAAAAUCAAUGCUGAACACGGGAGUUCAGAAACCUGAGCCUGGCAAUAGCUUCAUUCGUAUGCAUCCUAGCAGGAGUAAGGAUUAAAUUCCUCACAUGUCACUGCAAACACGAGAUAUUAUCUUCUUGCAAUCAUAAUCCUUGAUUUGAAAAAUGGAGAUUUCAGAUUUGAGUUAUCGAGUCAAUCAGCUUCUUGUAAAGCAAACGGAUACUGCUACUGCAACUUGAGAUAUGCUGAAAUUGGGAAAUGUUCACAACAGAGCAUUUGAACAAUUUGUGAGUUUUAGAGAUCUUAGACAUGUUCCUGGUGUUGGCAAUAAGAACUGUCCAAGAACUCCAAGAAACCUUGCAGUACAUAAAAGAUGUCUCUAGUUUCAUACUACAACAUCACUAGACAAAUUUUCCAUUGUGCUUAGAAGUUGAAGUGCACAAUUUUUGUCUGUUUGGUGACUCUGUAAGCUAAGUGGAUUUCUUUUGUUUAUUAUCCUUCCAUUCCUUGA